AUGAUGUCCCUGAAACCAAAGAGCAGCAAAGGGAAGUCCAGUCCUGACACCAAGGUCGCCGAAAACAGGAGAGAACAAGCCUUCACGUACCACGAGGAUUUUGUUUUUGGUGAAGGAGGAUUUGGAAAAGUCUACGAUGGCCAUCGUGACCCAGAUGGGAUGGCAGUAAGUCAUAAAGUUGCCAUCAAGCACAUCCCACUGGCCCGUGUACCAAUGGGAAAACAUGAGAGAGUUCCUCUGGAGGUCUUCCUCAUGCAAAAAGCUGCAGGAGGAAAUCAUUCUGGUGGGAGCACUGCUGCCAUUUCCCUCCUGGACUGGCAGGUGAAAGGGGAUGAGCUCAUCCUGAUUCUGGAGAGACCAUUUCCUUGUUCUGACCUCUUCGACUAUGUCGAAAGGAAAGGAGGUUUUCUGGAGGAGAAAGAGGCCAAGAACAUCAUGCAUCAGCUGGUCAAGGCAGCCGUGGAGCUCCAUAGGAACGGUGUCUUUCAUCGGGACAUUAAAGAUGAAAAUGUCCUGCUUGACUGGAGCGACGGUGAACUGCAAGCUCGCUUCAUUGAUUUUGGCUGUGGAACCCGAGCGAUGGAGGGGCACUACGAUCGUUUCAAAGCCCACCCGGCUGGAAAUGGGACUUACAUCUUGUUGGGUUUUUGUUGUGUCCGUCUCACCUCAUAUGUCUGUGUGCUGUUUAUUGUAGGUACACGUGAUUACGCCCCUCCAGAGUACAUCCAGCUCAAGAGAUACAGGGCGUCUCCAACCACCGUCUGGCAACUGGGUGUACUUAUGUACGGCCUCCUGGAGGGAAAUGAGCCAUUUGCCACCAAAGGUUCCUUCGCAAAAGGCUCAACAUGGAUUUAAAUGUAUCCAAAAACUGCCAGGAUUUCUUGGACAAGUGCCUUUGUCAACGUCCAAGCAAGCGAGCUAACUUGGAGCAGCUGAUGCUUCACCCCUGGCUCCAGUGACACACUCUGCAG